UUCAUUUCUUAUGGGAUCUUACUUCACCAGUGGACCUACCACCGCUGCCACUGAAGGACGGAUCCAUGAACCGAGGCGCUACCGGUACCCUCCAGUAGACAAGGUGCAAGUCUGACUGAGAUGGCUGCGUCGCCGUGCUGCCACAGGACGGUCCUAUUGGCUGUGGCCUUCUGUUACCUGCCUUACAUCACUUCCUCUCUCAACCUGGAGGAUCCCAAUGUGUGCAGCCACUGGGAGAGUUAUUCAGUGACAGUGCAGGAGUCGUACGCCCAUCCUUUUGAUCAGAUUUACUACACCAGCUGCACGGACAUCCUCAACUGGUUCAAAUGCACCAGACACAGGGUGAGUUAUCGGACAGCAUAUCGUAGAGGAGAAAAGACCAUGUACCGCAGAAAGUCCCAGUGUUGUCCAGGCUUCUUCGAGAGUGGAGAGAUCUGUGCUCCUCAUUGUGAAGAGAGCUGUGUUCAUGGCCGUUGUAUGGCACCCAACACCUGCCAGUGUGAGCCAGGCUGGGGAGGUUCCAACUGCUCCAGUGCUUGUGACAGUAACCACUGGGGUCCACACUGCUCUAACAGAUGUCAGUGCCAGAAUGGAGCACUGUGUAACCCCAUCACUGGAGCCUGUAUCUGCACUCCUGGAUAUCGAGGCUGGCGCUGUGAGGCUCAGUGUGAAUUGGACACCUAUGGUAGCGGAUGUCAACAGAAAUGCCAAUGCCAGAAUGGAGCUGCCUGUCACCAUGUAACUGGGAAAUGCAAGUGUUCCCCAGGAUACACAGGAGCUUUCUGUGAAGACCUGUGUCCUCCAGGCAAACAUGGGCAGCAGUGUGAAGAGAGAUGUCCCUGUCAGAAUGGAGGAAUGUGCCACCCUGUGACAGGAGAGUGUUCCUGUCCUGCAGGAUGGAUGGGUACAGUGUGCGGCCAGCCAUGUCCAAAAGGGAGAUUUGGAAAAAACUGUUCCCAGGAAUGCCACUGUCACAAUAAUGGCUUUUGUGUGUCAUCCAGCGGAGAGUGUCUCUGCAGCCCUGGGUACACAGGGGAACGGUGUCAGGAAGAGUGUCCACUUGGUACUUAUGGCGCCAGCUGUGCAAAGACAUGUCGCUGUAAAAACAACAGCAAAUGCUACCACAUCAAUGGAAUUUGUCAAUGUGAGCCAGGAUACACUGGGACAACCUGUGAUGUCCGACUGUGUCGUGAAGGACACUACGGUUUACAGUGCGAUAGGAAGUGUCCCUGCUACAUCAAGAACACCCGCAGUUGCCACCCAAUGUCAGGAGAGUGUACAUGUCAGCCGGGUUGGUCAGGUCUCUACUGCAAUGAAACGUGCGCCCCAGGUUUUUAUGGCGAGUCCUGCCAGCAGGUGUGCCUGUGCCAGAAUGGAGCUGACUGCCACAGCGUGACCGGAGAGUGUGUCUGUGCUCCAGGCUUUAUGGGUCCCAACUGUUCAGUCCCCUGCCCAGCUGGAAGACAUGGAGUGAACUGCUCAUCCACCUGUAAUUGUAAGAACAGGGCUCAGUGUUCACCUGUGGAUGGGUCCUGCUUUUGUAAACCAGGGUGGCAUGGGGUGGACUGCUCCAUCAACUGUCCCAGUGGCACCUGGGGUUUGGGCUGUAAUCUCACCUGUAAGUGUGGAAACGGAGGCGCAUGCAGUGCCUUGGACGGCCGCUGUACCUGUUCUCCAGGCUGGAGAGGAGAGAGGUGUGAACUCCACUGCCAGGAUGGUACGUAUGGUCUGGACUGUAGAGAACGCUGUGACUGUAGUCAUGCUGAUGGAUGUCACCACUCUUCUGGUCACUGCCGCUGUCUAGCGGGAUGGACUGGUAUUCACUGUGAUAGUGUGUGUGCAGAGGGUCACUGGGGCCCAAACUGCUCACUCCCCUGUAACUGUAAGAAUGGGGCGUCCUGUUCUCCGGAUGAAGGAACCUGUGAGUGUGCUCCAGGAUACAGAGGCACCACCUGCCAGAGGAUCUGCUCGCCAGGUUACUUUGGCCACCGUUGCAGUCAGACCUGUCCACAGUGUGUCCACAGCAAUGGACCAUGUCACCACGUCACGGGACAGUGUGACUGUCUGCCUGGCUUCAAGGGAACACUGUGUAAUGAGGUGUGUCCUAGUGGGCAUUUUGGGAAGAACUGUGCCUGGAGUUGCAGCUGCACCAACAAUGGCACCUGUAACCCCAUAGAUGGCUCCUGUCAGUGUUACCCAGGAUGGAUCGGCAGUGACUGCUCUCAGUUGUGUCCACCUGGCCAGUGGGGACCCAACUGCAUCCACACAUGUAACUGUCACAAUGGAGCCUACUGCAGCGCUUAUGAUGGAGAAUGCAAGUGCACCCCAGGAUGGACGGGCCUCUACUGCACACAACGCUGUCCAUUAGGUUUCUAUGGAAAAGACUGUUCUCAGAUCUGCCAGUGUAAGAAUGGAGCUGACUGUGACCACAUCUCUGGACAAUGCACAUGUCGCACUGGCUUCAUGGGGCACCACUGUGAACAAAAGUGUCCCUCUGGUUCUUAUGGUUAUGGCUGCCGUCAGGUCUGUGACUGUCUAAAUAACUCCACCUGCGAUCACAUGACUGGUACAUGUUACUGCACCCCAGGCUGGAAGGGAGCUCGAUGUGACCAAGCUGGUGUGAUGGUGGUGGGCAGCCUCAACAGUUUGACCAGUGCAGUCAUGCAUGUGGACACCUACCAGAUUGGAGCCAUUACAGGAAUCAUCAUCCUGGUGCUGCUGGUGCUCUUUCUUUUGCUCAUCCUACUUAUUUACAGGAAGAAGCAGAAAGGCAAAGAACCCACCAUGCCAGCUGUGACCUACACUCCUGCUAUGAGGGUCACAACUGAUUACACUAUUGCAGAUGCUCACCCACCAACAUGUGAACCCCAACCUAGCAGCUACUUCUCCAACCCCAGCUACCAUACUCUAACCCAGUGCAUCAGCCCCCCACAUCUUAACAAUGGUCCAUAUGGAAAGACCAAUAACAACCAGCUGUUUGUGAACAUGAAGAAUGCGGAUCAGAGAAAACGGGAUCCUCGAGUUGAUCAUACUGGCACACUGCCUGCAGAUUGGAAACAAGACGACUGCUUCAAUGAAAUGGGAGCCUUUGGAGUUGACAGGAGAUACAUGGGAAGAUCUUUAGGUGAUCUGGUGAAGGGCACACCCUACCAUGCCAGCUCCUGUUCCCUCAGCAGCUCUGAAAAUCCAUAUGCCACAAUAAAGGACCCUCCCCUGCUGACAGCAAAAAACACAGAAUGUGGCUACGUGGAAAUGAAAUCACCGGCCAGACGGGAUUCACCGUAUGCUGAGAUUAGCAACAGCAGCCCGACUAAUAACCGGAAUGUCUAUGAAGUUGAACCAACUGUAAGUACGAUCCAGCCCACUGGAGAAGGCAACAGCCAUGCACAGUUUGGGCAGGAUCCAUAUGAUCUACCAAAAAACAGCCGUAUCCCCUGUCACUACGACCUCCUGCCAGCCAGAGAGAGUCCUUCCUCAGAGCUCAAAGAGCUGGACAGUGAAUAAUGGGGGAGAGACUCUAAACUGAGACCAGGUCUCACCUCCAGUCUGUGACUCCAGCACUGGAUCUUUUACAAACAGGCUCACUUUAUACCUAUGACGUACUUUUACUUGUUUUCUUGUUAUCUUUGACACUAUCAUUGUAAUUAUGUAUCAUCAUUUAAAGUGGAUAUAUACAUUUGGGGGUUAGUUUUUAGGCUAAAAUAGUUUGUCAACAGUUGCUUUAACCCUGAUGAAGUCAUUCCACAUGUCUAGCAGGUAAGUUCUCCAUAUGCUUUGAAUGAAGCAGUUCUAAUUAUGUGUUGUACAACUGCUGCUAAAGGCAGUGUUCCUGCCACUUCCAAAUGGCCACUCUCAAAAGUGACCUGAAACACUUGCUGUCAUAAUCUCCUUCUGACUGCCUGCCUGAUCUCUCCCCAAUACUCAAUGUGCUUUUGCAUCUUUUGGUCUUAACAAAGCAAACUGCACUAACACAUGUCUUCAAUAGGCUGCUGUACUUAUUUGUACACACAAACAGUAGCCUAGCAUUGUGACCUAAGAUUGCCACAUUUGAUUCAAAACGUUUCAGAAAUAUGAUGCACACAGCCAUUGUCUGAGAGAUGGUUUAGGAUGCUGUUAAAUGAUGUUAGCACUUUACAUCUCUAUUUUUGCAGUUUUAGAAAGUGGUUAACUGGAUGAGUAUUAACAGUUCUUUCAAAUAUCAAACAUUCAUGUCAGGGUUCUGACAGUCCUUUUGGUGUACACCUAGUAAUGACAUCAAAUGCAGUCAGUCACUUUUGGAUAGUAUUUAAGUUAACCAAAGGUACAAGUGCCAUUUACUACUUUUAUCAGCAUAGUCCAUGAAGCUCCAAGCUGAGCCCUUUCUCACUGUUAAAAUAUUCCCGAUGAUUGUCCGCAAUUUCCCACGAAAGGUAAAAUAAACUUUCAUAAAUAUCAGUCGUACAUACUGCUCAGUGCAUCAUUAUCUGAGACAACUUUGUUCUUCACAGUAGCUCCUCUGAGCUGGAUGUUUGUCCCUACACUGAACACUGUUCACAAAGGGAACCUGAUCUCAGUUUUCUGCAAAAACUUAAGUUUAUGAUGUGUCUUGAUGACUAUUUUAUCUGUCUUGCUAAGUCAUUCCUAUUCAUUUUAAAUGACCAUGAAAGGUGUGGGUAGCAUUAUUCAGGGGAGUGAAGCCAAGACCAUAUUUGAAACCGGGUUACUGCCCUGGGGCCCAUCUUCACUGAGAUCACGUUUCUUCUCUGUGUUAGCACGUGAACUGUAUUUGGAUAUCUGAUCUGGAUCAGGUAAAAUACAUUGUAAAUUCCAGCUGAACACAAUGCAAUCUGAAUGUGUUUAGAUCACCCAAAUCACUUGUAAAGGUGGUCUGACUCAUUGUGAUUUGUUCUUAGCCGUAUGUUAAGGACAUCUGUGUGACAGCAUUUGUAAAUUCACUCAAAAUGUUGUUGUUUUUUUCCCAUACUGCACACAUAGUCAUCUAAAAUGGGGCACAGGUGCUUCACCAAUCGCCUCUUCGUAUGUAUAAUACUAUGCUGUUUUGACUGACAAAAAAACCUACACUCUCUUUCUCUCUAAUGGAAAGCAUUGGGUUCUGUACCAUACAGAUACAGAGGGGUAAAAUGGUGGUUGCAGAUGUGUGAUUUCAUUCUGUCAUGAGGAUUUGUGACCUUUGUGAAGAGUUUUUACGAGUGACAAUAUAUAUACUAAAGAAUCCAACAAAAUAUGUGUUCUAAGUGUGAUGAGAACUUUAUAAUACCAUCAGCAUUUGGACAGCCGUGGUUCAGGUGAUGAAUCGGGUUGUCUACUAAUCUUGAGGUUGGCGGUUUGAUUCCUGACCUCUCCAUGUCUCAAAGUGUCCUUGGUCAAGACACUGCUUCUCAAACUGCUCCCACUGGUAGGUGAGCACCUUGCAUGGCAGCUGUGCCACUGGUGUGUGAAUGUGGGCAGGAAUGGGUGAAUGAGAAACACAUUGUAGCUCAGGUUAAAAAGACACCAGACAAGUACGGACCAUUUACCAUUUAUUAUUACAUCCUGAUCUUGUCUCACAGUAACCACUUCAGUCAUCUGUACAACAGUAGCUAGCCAAUAAAAUGUUGUAGGACUCUGUUACUGUAUCAUUUAAAGAGCACAACAUAUCCAAUGACAUGUAAGCUUAAGCUGGACUUUGGCUUUGGAAAGACCAAUUUUAACAGGAAGAGUAGACAUUAGUAAUUUGUAAUACAAAAUGGUCAGAUAUUUCUACAAAAUAACCCCCCCCCCCCCCCCCCCCCCUUUUUUUUCUCCUAGCAUUCUGAAUGGCCUGAAAUCGAGCUAUUCUGAGCCUAUCUGAACUGUUUGUAACCCAGUGUAUGUAGUUUGAUCUGUUAUGAUGUAAUAAUGAUAACAUCACCCAGUGCCUUAUUGUCAAAACUUGAAAGCAAGACAAAUGUGGCAUUUGGUUUAGAAUUGAAUAAUUAUGAAAGCUUGCAAACUUUUGUUCUCUGCUACGUUUCUCUGUAAAUUGCUUUGCUUACUAAUCUGCCUGAGUACUAGAAUUGUGUAUUUAUAUGAUUACUGAAAAUAUUUUCUCUAAAAUUGAUGCUUUAGAUGUUCCUAAGAUUAACAGAUAUUCCAACACAGUCUCACACCAAAAUGUGUAAUGGCUACAUUGGUCUACAGUACAAAAAUGUAUUAGUUUUACAUUAAAAGACUGUUAAAUUUUGAGCUGCCGACUUAUUUUGGCCUAUUUUUUUCCUGUCUACUUGCAUGUACCUUUUGCAGCUCACAAGUUUCAUGCAAUGACUAGUAAGUUCCUUAUAGGCUACACAUAAAAAGAGCAACAAAGUACACAUAGUGAAGCUGGGGGUGUGGAUGAGGUAUAAACCACAGACCUUUCAUCCAGGAGACUGGAUUUGAGUUCUGCCAGCGACCAAUGUGUAGUGGAUUUUUCAGUUGCCGUUUUUAGUUAAUUUUAGCUUAUGUUUAGGCUACAGAAGUACUUGGUUAAGUUUAGACACCAAAACUACAUGACCAGGUUUAAGAAAAGAUCAUGGUUUGUGUACAAACUUCUUCAUUAGUAUGUGACUAAAUGGUAAGGAACAUGAUAAGGAGUGAUUAACCUGAUAUGUGUAACCUGAUAUGGGAGAUGCUGCUAAGCAUGUGCAAAACUAACUAGUCCACCAACACAUGCAUUUACAUUGGCUCAUAAUGGACAAACGCAACACUUAACCUAAUGAACAGGUAUGGGUUAAAAUGCACAAAUGCAAAUGCUAACCGCGAAGCUACAUUGCUUCUAACAAUAGCCCCUAAAAUGUAGGCGACUCAUAAUUCCUUCGCUUUAAUGUGAAAGUGAUACAUUUUGUGCUGGCCUGAAUACACCAAAUUCAUCGAUUUUCUUGAAUAGUAUUUUUAUCCUUCUGUUGGAAUAGUCUCUGCACACUUGUUCCCUAAUAGGGUGACAAUACACGAUGACCAUUGGAUUCUAUCUACUUUUUGGGAUUUUGUUUUUCAUUAUAGUUUUUUGUGCAAAUGCUUUGAAAUAAAUGACAUAAUAUGAUGAAAUAA